AUUGUGAGGUGUUGAAUUUCUGGUGUAAGCUCAUGUAGUGUUUUAGUGUUAAAAUCUAAGUGUACAUAUACUGUUUUUAACGCUGGUGUGGGUUAAAUUGUGACUUUAACAGUGUGUAUCAUUGGUGUUGCCUUUCCAUACUCCUCAUCGGUGUUAAUUGCACAUACGGGAACUUGAGGUGACUGAGUCAAUACGGUCCGCAUUUGACGAUAAACUUUUCAUUAAUGGCUGCUCCUGCUGGACAGAUUCCUACCGGAAACUUGACAUAAACGCAAACGAAAGACACGCGAGUCGGAAUUUUUACAUUUUAGAAUUAAGAAGCCGGUUUAGCAACUUUAAAAUCCGGGAUUGUGGGACUAUACCCGUGAAUCAUUGCAGCAUCAGCCACACAAAGCCAUCAGGUGUUGAGGUACGUCAUUUUCCUCAUUUAAUAGCACAAACUUCAGUUUUUUUUUAUUUGUAAUGUUAUAUAUACGCCUGGGCUAUUUGUUAAUUACACAAAUUGUCCUAAAUACUUUUGUAAAACCUUAAUGUCACGAAUCAUUUUAAAUGAUUUUUGGCGCGGGAUUCUACACCACUUCAGUGUAUAUUUUACAUACAGGACCCCCUCGUGAGUCAUCAACACGGAGCGGAGCGAUGGCAGCAGCAAGUUUUCCGCUCAUUUAAUGCCAAAACAGAUGAUCAACAGAAUGCUGUUUAAAGUACAGUAUCAAGCUCGUAAGAGAUACAUGAAACUUCCAGUAUUGGCAUAUGAUGCCCUUAUACGGGAAGUCAAGGAGAAAUUUGGUAUAUCUCCAGAUCAUACCAUUUAUUUGGCAGACGAGACCGGAACUGAAGUGGAUGAAGAUGUUUUUGCUGAUAUUAUGGAACAAAAGCCUGACACACUUUGGACAAUUGUUGAUUCUAUGGCUACAGAAGAUUCUACUGCCCCACCAACCUCUCAAUUUUCAAGUGAAAUGAAAACGUUGUCACCAACAGACAGCUGUGUUUCUGUUCCCUCAACAAAAAGACCUCGAACUGACGACCAAUUUACUGAGGCCAAGGAGCUUGUAAAAGAUGUAUUGGGGAACAAAAGUGCAGGGGAGAAGAUUUUUCAGGAGUACAGAGCAACUGGGAAAAUCACAGAUUCUACAAAGCGAAUUCUUGUGAAUGCUGUAGUUGGAGACAUGAUUGAAAAACAUGGGAACAUUCCACCAAAAGAAAUACGAAUUAAAUAUGCUGUUGGAAUAGUGACUCUGUUCCCCUCCCUCAAAGAUCCCUACUCCAAAAGAGGCUAUGAACAUUUUUAUGAUCCAGAAGGUAACUCUAGAUACAUAGCCUGGAGACUGAAAACAGUUCAGCGCAACAGUCAAGUCAGUAGGACCAGCAUUCCACAAGGCAUCUCUGAGAGGAGGGGCCCUAUCACUGAAAGAGCGUUUUUGACAACGAAGAUACAGCUAGAGGGAGAUAGCUGCCAGGAAGCCAUUUCAUUUCUAAAACACUGUUCUGAUCUGGAGCAAGUGGCUGCAAAGAUGAAAUCUACUUUCCAGUAUCGGCAGGAACUGAUCCGCAAUCCUGAAAAGUCGUCAUCUGUUUUCAAUAUAUUCCCUAGGUUUCUUGACACAAAAGGCCUGGUGCUUCAAGACUUUGAGUUGCUGUUUGGAGUAGAGACUUCAGCAAAGCUGGAGAAGUGGGGAUCUUCUCUUAAACACAAAGUAAUUGGAGAAGCCAAAAACCUGACCCAGUCAUUUCAUCUGAGUCGUCUGAUCGAGUCUGCAGAGCAAUGUGAAAGCAGUCAAGAAGUUACAGAGUGGGACAGUGACAUGUCUUCACUGUUGUUGCUUCUCUAUCUCCUUCCACCACCUUCAAGUGGAAAGAAGAAUAUUGUAAAGAUCAGUGUCCAAGAAGCAUUAAACCACAUAGUAAGGUUCCACAAGUCCUGUUGCAGUUUCGAUGACGUGCUGAGGGCAGGACAGACAACACAGCCGUACAUCUUGGCAGUCGGAACUUUGAAGAAUUGCAUCCAUGACUAUUACAUCAUCGUGGAUGGACAACUCAUUCCCUGCAAGGCGAUGUCCUCUCUGGCUGCUUUUGAUGAGCUUUUCAAAGCACAUUAUGUGUUCGGCAUUUCAUAUGAUGCUGCUUUACACAGUAUGUACACGUUUCUUCAAACAACGGUUUACAACAUUGACGUUGGUGUCACUCAUGAAAGCCCUCGAGUCAGGGAUCUUCGAGCCAAGAUUCUAAAUUAGGACACUACUGCAGAGCUUAAAAAUGUUUAGGUGCUUUGUUUGCAAGUUGACUUGCAGUACAGUCAAUGAUCUAAUACGCCAUCUAAAACUUUCUCAUGCUUUUUAUCCUGGCAGAAGAUUACAGUUGGUAUGCAAUCAGGAUGAUUGUUGUCUAAGAUUUGUUUCAUAUUCAGGGUUUAGAAAACAUCUUCAACGUAGGCACAACAGUGAGGUCUCUGACAUGUCUUUAUUUGAAUCCUCCCCGGCUCCUUCUGUUGAAAGUGGACCAGCAUCUGUAACACAACCUUCCAACUUAGUUUCAGGAAAUCCAGGAACAUCUUCAAACACUGAUGAGAGAAAGUU